AUGGCCCAGAAAGACGCUGAGAUCGGACAGAAAGACAAGCAACUCAUGGACAAAGACAUCGAGAUCGUCACCUUGAAAGGGGACCUGCUAGCCCUGAAAGUAGACCAGGAGGCGUACUCACAACACCUGGCAGCCAGAGAGAAGACCAUCGAACAGCUGGCGUUAAGUCGAGGCGGGUUGCAGCAGACGGUGAGACAGAACGACGAACGUGUGGCGGUGUUGAUGGCAGACAUGCAGGCACAGUGUAGUCGCACUGAGUACUGGAGAGCACGCUGGGAGGCAUUGAAGGCUCAAGGAGAGAGUGUGAGUGCGGAUACUACCACGGGGCAG